UGGGAAUGUCUUUCCACUUUUGGAGUAUAUUUCCUUUGUAGAUUUGUGACUUUGGCCGCUACCUACGCGAGUUAUACCCUUACCGCUCGCAUACGAGAGCAAAUGGACGACGUCGACCAGGAAUCGAUACAACGACUCGUCGAGAACGCCGAGAGAGAGCAAGAUCGAGGUGGAAGCUUGCGGCGCGAUGUGCUCACGAAACUCAUCGAAAUUGCUCAUUCUUCAGAUUCUCAGCUCAAGUGCUAUGCAGCAAAUCACAUACGAUACUUUUUUAAUGAUUUCCCUGACCUAGAGGAAGAUGCUAUCAAUGUAGUCUACGAUCUUUGCGAGGAUCAAGAUUCACGGGUUCGCAUUGAAGGAUACCGAGCAAUAUCAGGCGUUUCGUCUGUUCAGCAUAAGUGGGUUAAACGAAAUUCAGAUGUGCUUGUGCAGCUUCUUCAAAGUGACGAACCGGAAGAGGUCGUCGUUGUCAAAACGGCCCUUUGUGACCACCUGGACAUGGAUCCUAGCGUCACUUUAGGAGUCUUGUGCGAUCAGAUAAUCCCUCCUGAGGACCCGAUGGACGAAGAGGAGCAGCAAAUUCGUGAUCGUUUACGCUCGCUCGUGAUAGCCUUUUUGAAAGUUGAUGCAGUUGAGGCCAUCAUUCGGAAAUACACCAAAACGCCUGGUACAGAUACAGAGAACGUCUUUGUGAGCCAACUUCUGACAGCGAUCAGAAGGCUGGAAACACGCGAAGUUGAAGUGAUCAUAAAGGACCUGCUUCUGAUGAUGCCUUGCUACGGACCGGGCUCUGCGCGUGGAAUGGACCUUCUUCACGUACUUCUCGAUAAGGCGAGGUCUUCUCUUAACGUGAAAUCGAACGACUUGGGAUCCAUCAAGACAAUCGACUUCUACAUAUCUUUGGCGCACUUCGUCGCCAUUGAAAAACGAGUUGCUUCCCCCGUUAUUUUGUUGCGAUUCUACUGUACGUCUCUGAUGAGAAAACCUCUCUUGCAAAGGUUUUCUCCCGAAGAACAACUUGUUCUUGCGGGACGUGUGGUGGAGGCACUCCAAGCAUGCGAAGAAGAAAGUCGCGUUCGCCCUCAAAUCUGCAAUAAUGAACAGUUUUCGUUUCUUCGGCGACAGGUUAUUGAUGGGGCGCCAAAUCUGUUAGAGGCUCUCUACGACACAAAAAUCGAGUCUUCCACCAUGUGGGACACUCUGCGCUCCCUCCUGCUAGCUUGUAAACAUCGAAAAGAACGUGAAAAUUGGGCAGUUCCAUUUAAUCUGGCGACAUCCAUCAGCAGAUUUCGAGCGCAAGCGCAACAGUUGGAACCAGGAAACAACGGCGAUGAUAUUCAAGUGCUCAUCAGGUCACUAACCGAACCCUCAAUGUCGCAAGCGAGUACGAGUGCAACGAUCGAUGGAGAUGAUCUACCUGAGCGCCCUGCUCAUCUCCCUGCUCGACCUCAACCUGGACGUCCGCCGUUGAAAAGACCAGAUAUGUCAAGACCUUCGCAUACAAGCACGAAUAGCACAGUAUCGAACUCUUGGCCAGCAAUGCAAACUCGUGACUCUGACUCUGUCGCACCGCCCAAACGAUCCCUCAGCUCUGGAGAAGCAACAUCACAGAUCAAGCGAGCAAAAACGGAAGUGACUGAGGAACGACAACUGACGCCUUCGUUGCUGAGCCGUAUGACGAUGCCUAACCCAGGCGAUACGGAGAAGACCGCACGGAGACGUGGGGGAGCAGGAAAAAAACGCGUGGAGGAUUCGUCCGAGCCGGACAAGCAUCCUAUGAGCGGUUAUAGCAUCAAAGGCGCUGCAGCACAUGCCGAGCGAGGCGAGGAGUCGGGAGAUCCUGCGCCUAGAACGUCGUCCUUGCUCGAUAGGCUGAACAAAUCGGAGGGCGUGGAUGGUGGUGGUGGUCGGAAGAGACAUAGAGGGAAGGCAUGAUCACUUGCUGGGACGUUGACAUUUAUGUAUGCGCACUGUCGCCUAAUCUUGAUUAGCAUGAACAUUGGCUAGGCUUGUGUGGAUCAUUGUAAACGCAACAAUUCCGUCGAUGCGUUUCAAAUAUUCUAUGCGAAUA